CAACCUAUCAACCAGGGCAGCCCGGGCGAGCCGCUGCCCCUCACCAGCGACAGAUGCAGCUUCGUCCCCCUCUUUGAGUGGACAUACAGCGAUAGGGCUGUGAUGAUGCGAAUAUGGCCUUGGCUGCACGGCAGUGUCGGUAUAUUAGCCAUGGUCGCCGCCGCCAGUGCUGAACCAUUUCCAGGAGGCGUCCUUUAAAUCGGCCUCUAUGGACUCCUUUCCCCUGUGGCACACCUCCGUUACGGUACCAGCUGAGUCCUCCAUCAACCUUUUAGCCUCUCAACUGUUGCUAUUUGCGGUGUCUACAAUGGAUCGCAUAAGAGAUAUCAUCUUCACACCGCCACCAGUCGACAAGAAACCAAAGACCAGGAGAACAACUCUCAUGUCAAGAUGCCUCUGCUCAACUAUCUCUGCAUUUUGGGCUCAUGCCCAUCUUCUUGCUCAGACAGACAAGGCAUGGAUCUAUGUUGCCAACAUGCCACCAUUUCGCGUUACCAAGAUGUCGAGGAACACAAAGAGGAUAUUUAGAGAGUACAAAGUUCACUCCAAUGUUGAUGCAACAUUCAAGGCAAUGUCCAAACAUUUGACCAUGCAUGGCUUCGACGUUGAUCUUCCAUUUGUGCCUGAGUGUUCAGGUUUCUAUCCAAACAUUUCAUCCUCACCGUGCUCCGAGACGUUCAAGCAUUUGCACGGGUUUCCUGCUGACGCAAGCGGAUAUUUCAUGGAGUACAUUCGCCCUUUGAAUGAACACCAUACCAAGUAUCUCAUCAAACGAUACUUGACCCGUAGCGCCCAGGGCCAAGCUCUCAGUACCUGCCAGUCCAAACAUUUUCUCGCAAAGGUCUAUCUGGGAGAUACAAAACCACUGUCUGAUCCAUGGAACACUGACAUGCACGACCGGCCAGCUUAUCUGGACCACCUGCUCGCGGAGCGCGUCGAAGUAUCGUAUCUUGCUGCCUCUAUGGGUGCGACGCUCGCAAUACUUCACUGGAGCUGUGGCGUCGAUGCCCGAGGUGUUGAAUUUGUCCUGGGGAGAGACACCCGAGGCCACGUGCAGUUCUGGUUGAUUGAUUUUGCCGAUUGUGCGACUUUCCCCAAAACUCCCGAGGCAGUCGUCACGCAACUUGUAGAUGCGGUGAUGGAGAAUGAGCCGUUCUGGCCACGCUUUAUAAACAUCCAAGCCCUGAGAAAGAUCUGGGCAUGUUUCAGAGACGCUUACCUAGAAAUGAGCGAUUUUAUCAUGACUGACGCAAUGAUUGAUUACGACAAUGAUGCUGUGAGAGCAUUGCCAUACUUAUUCAUGAUGGAGUUGGAAAAAAUAAGAGGUUCAGGUCAACUUCUGGCAUAGCAUCUGGGUUCUGCCUU